AUGAUUGAUUUGGAGAAUUACGAAGGUAUUGAUAAGGUUAAACAGUAUUUCGAUCAAUCUAAUGAUGCAAAUGAUCCCAAAUAUAUAUUAAAAGCUUAUACCGAACAAACCGGAUUUUAUCAAAGAUUAAAUAGAACAUUAGCAAGAUCACAUGAAUUGAAUCCAAACGAUGGAAAUCAACAUCAAUUAUUAGAUUUUCUUAAUCUGAUUUGCUGUCAUCCUAGUUUUCGUAAUUAUGAAUUCCAAGAUCAAGCAUAUCGUGGUAUGAGAAUGGAUGCCGAUGAAUUAAAACAAUACGACAUAGGUGCUAAGAUUAUGAUGAAAUCUUUAAUAAAAUUCGAAAAGCUCACACAGCAUUAUAUACAAUAUUUAUUGUAA